AUGCCGAACGAAGGGAAGGAGAAUAUCAUAUCCGUCCAAGAUCCUGACAAUGAUUUGGGUCUGAGGACCCCUCUAAACCAGAUGAAGCGGACGGACUCAUUAGUACGGGGCAACAGACGCCCACUAGCUAGCAAAGAUAAUAACAGGACGCAAUCUAUACUAAGUGUGAAGAAUAAUGCUGCGUUGGGAAAGAGUGAUCACCCUUUAAAAAGGCCCGCCAGUAGCUUUAUGAAGAAUAUGCCUGAAAAUAAACUGAAGAAAUACGGAAGUGUCCUGGGGAUGAACACUUUUAUGCCACGAACGAAGUCAUUGGUGCUGAAAGAUACAGAGCUAAAUGAAAAGAAUGACGACGAAGAUGAGGAGGAUGAGGAGGAUGAUUUACCCAUAUUUCCCAGCGGAAAAUCGUUAAACCUUGGGUUUGGCAACGGAUUAAAAGCCCUUAUCAGAGAGAAAGAAGAUGAACUAAACAUUGAGUAUGCACCCAAGAGACAAAAAGAACUACCGUAUAUACCUAAUGGGUACGACCCCUUUGAUAAGGAAUCCAUCGAGAAACUUCAGCAUCAUAGAUCUCCAUUCCAGGUUGAAUCAAUAACGUUUGAUACAGAAGAAAGAGAUCCAGAACUUAUAAGUUUAGCUGCUACAGAUGAAGAUCUCGUUUCCCCUACCAGGUAUAACAAUCACAAGCACAAUCUAGAACUGGAUUCUGAUAAUGAAAGCAUAACAAUCGAACUUGGUGAGGAAUAUAACGGACAAGGAUUGGAUACGCUAGAAUUAAAUUCCUUAUUAGAUUAA